AACAAACUUUACACCAAUUGAUAAUUUUAUGUUUCUUAAGACCACAGAUUACUCAACAGACCUCAGGAUGUCCAAACCAACACCGUUCAAAUAAAGACAUGUGGAGGCAAAUGGUCGCGGCUCUGCGGGCAAGAGUGACCGUUAAAAAACGCCGGCAGAAUCUGAAGACUCACGAAAACUGCUUCCUGGGCUGUGAAGCUGUGGAUGUUUUGCAGGUUUAUCUCACUCAAAAUAAGGUUUUUGGAGAUGUUUUGGUGUCCAGAGCCGUGGCUGUGCGUCUCUGUCAGGUUCUGAUGGACUGUAGGGUGUUGGAGGCGGUGGGGAAGGCCAGUAAAGAGGGUGUUUUUCAGGACAGCAACAGUUUUUAUAGAUUCCUGAACACCGAGGAUCCUUCGUUGGAUUCGCUUGAUUCUAUUAUUUUUACAUCCGGUGAAGAGAGUUUGAUGAACGUUACGCCAUGCAGGCAGGACGUGCUGUUAUUCUCUCACAGCACACCUGUGAAACCAGACCAGGCGAUGGACCGUCUGAUGGAGAAGCUGGAUUUGACUGGACUUGUCGGUACUUCUCCUGAUGAAUGUCUGCCUCCAUCUGUGGUCAGAGAAGUGUGGCAGGAGCAGACGGUUCGGCGGUUGUCUCAGCUCAUUGAUCUCCCCCUGCUGGAGGGAGUGCUGAACUGCUCAAAGAUAGUUUCUCCGCCAUCUCGGGGCAGUAAUAAUGAGCCUGACCUGCUCUACACCAGCAACUACCUCGACCGAGAGGUCCUCAAGGCCUUCAGAGGAUCACAAGAUGAUGUUUGGCUGUCGGCAGCCAUCGAUCUGCUGGAUUUCCUCCCGGAUCAUCUUGUUGUGGAAGUGAGCAGAGAGCUGCCCUCCUUCUCCUGCGAGGAGGAUGAUGACGAUGUUGAAGGCCAGAGCUUGUGUGAAUGUAAACUACUGCUGUUUCACGUACUGGACAAACACUACGGACACAUGGAGCGUAAGCCGCUUCUCUCUGACAGCAUGGCAGACGUCUAUACGGAGAUCAUGGAGCUCCUGGUGAACGGGAGGUUUGAACGCGCUCUGGAAGUCCUUCAGCUGACAUUGAAGCUUUUGUCGGCAUCUGCACGCGAGGAGCUGCGCAGACUGCUGGAGUUCAUGGCAGUAGCUGCGGAUGCUGUAAAUGUUCGGCUGCACAAAGAAACUGAAAAUCGGAUGUUUGUGAAGAAAACGUUCACCAGAGCCGUGAUCCAGAGCAAGAGUUGGACGAAAGGAAAUGUUGACCUGCUGGUGCUCUUCAUGCUCGACAACCAUCAGGAGAUCUUCAAGAUUCCAGGGUCUCUUCACAAACUGGUCAGUGAGAAACUGGAUGACAUUGUAAAACGCAGAGAUUCUUCUGCUACUGGCAUCCCAUUUUGUCAGCAAGUGCCGAGAGAUGUGUACACGGAGACCAUGAAGGACUCGACCAAGAAUGAGCUGUACCUCCUCCUGAAAAACAUUGAUGAAAACACCAAAUAUUCCCUGAAAGAGAAGAAGCGACUCCUGGGCCAGUUUUAUAAAGGACAUCCUGACAUCUUCAUGCAGUACUUUGGGUCUAGACUGAGCACUCUAAACCUUCUAGAAGUUUGAAUUCACGUUGUCAUUUAAAUGCUUUUUGUGCGUGUGUGUGAAAAUAAAUCAAAUAAAUAUA